AGAACACCGACUAAGAGCGAGCCCAUACGUUGUUUACAAGAACAAAACGCUUUUUUUUGUUCACACUGCUUCACCGUCACGAUGAUGUAAUCCCAGCUUUCAACGUGUCUUCUGUUAUGAUUGCUUUCCUUUUUUGUUCAGAGGAUUGCGACAUGUUUGCAUUACGAUUUUUUUAAUGGUUUUGACAGCUGUCGGUCAGCGUCAUCACAAAACACUCGCAUAUUUCCAGUUCCCUAACGCAUAAGCUGAAGUCGUCACAGAAGGACAAGGUUCGGCAGUUCAUGUCCUUCACUCAGGCUGGAGAGAGGACCGCUGUGUUCUGCCUGACCCAGAAUGACUGGAAACUAGAGGUGGCCACGGACAACUACUUUCAGAACCCAGACCAUUAUUAUAAAGAAUCCAUGAAAACCUCAGUGGACCGCAAGAAGCUGGAACAGCUCUACAACCGCUACAAAGACCCCCAGGACGAGAACAAAAUCGGCAUUGAUGGAAUCCAGCAGUUCUGUGACGACCUCUCCCUGGACCCGGCCAGCGUCAGCGUUCUGGUCGUGGCCUGGAAGUUCCGGGCCGCCACACAGUGCGAGUUCAGCCGCAAGGAGUUCCUCGACGGCAUGGCCGAGCUGGGCUGUGACAGUCCAGAGAAGCUCAAGGCCUUGCUCCCCCGCCUAGAACAGGAGCUCAAAGACACGGGCAAGUUCAAAGACUUCUACCAGUUCACCUUCAACUUCGCCAAGAACCCUGGCCAGAAGGGACUAGACCUGGAGAUGGCGGUAGCCUACUGGAACCUGGUUCUGACAGGUCGAUUCAAGUUCCUGGACCUGUGGAACCGUUUUCUAUUGGAGCAUCAUAAACGAUCAAUUCCCAAAGACACAUGGAACCUCCUGCUGGACUUUGGCAACAUGAUCGCAGACGACAUGUCCAACUAUGACGAGGAAGGAGCUUGGCCUGUGCUCAUAGACGACUUUGUGGAAUUCGCCCGACCAAUCGUAACAGGGGGCAAGCGCAAAACCAUAUAGGCUCUGCAGACCCCCGGCAGGGGGAGGAGCCUCUGCGUCUCCAGUUUUUUUUUAUACAAAUGAGCCAAAAAGUGACUUCUAAACAAGACUGUCUGACGUUGUGAGACAAUGCUGCCAAUCACGGGCUGGGGAGUGACAGGGACAGCCAAUCGGAGAGAAGAGUUCUUUUUCUUUUUCUUUGUUUUGGGACUGAGUCGCUCUGAGAGGAGGGCUGUCAGCAGGGGGUGGGGUUUGUGGGGGCUAGAAGCUCUGCUCCAUUUGGCUGGCUGGGUCAGAUGGAAUGGCCAGGGACUAAAGUACCCAGCAUGCACCUCACCACCAGGCACCAUCAGUGGGUGUGUCUAUGGAACUGGUGCUCUGGCCCCGCCCCCCUACCUGCAACCCCUCCGCCCAACACCGGCCCCCUUCCUACUGAAGAACGACCAGGGAGAGAAAGCUGAAUGUCUAAGGGGCUUUGGAAGGUUUGCUCUCUGAAAAGGAUACAGCCAGACAGGGUUUUAUCUGUUCAUACUGUAGUGUGGAUAUGUUCUCUCUGUCUGCACAUGGUGGUUGAACUUGAACGUUUGCAUGUUUUCCUAAUUGAGAAUUAAGGAGUGUGAAAAAAAAAAAAAAAGAUCCACUGUUGUUCUCAUUGAGCGGUGUGCGGGCUUCUCAUCCAAUCAGACGUGAGAGGUGUGGCCGUCACCCAGUGUUCUUAUCCAAUCCAGUGUCAAUGUAAAGUUCUGCUCCCGUGUCAUUCUGACGUGUAAAGUUUGUCAGCCCAUUUUCUCAUCACCGUGUAAAGUUCAGGGCCUGUGUUGGUAAAUUCUUGGAUAAUCAAGACCCGUGAUCAGUUUCGCCUUUUAAUUUGUGAAAAAACUCACGUACACAGGAGACUGGGUCCUAAAUCAACUCUCCCCCUCUGAGGCGCUUCAGAAAUAUGGCCCACGACCCACUUAUUGAGCAGUGUAAAGAGUUCUGAUCCACUGGAUAGCACCGGAUGGACCUGCCAACCGAGCAGCAUGCUUUGAGCUCGACACCAGCAGAACACUAUUGGUACAUUUAGGAUUCACUGUACCUUUUAAGAGUAAUGUAUAGAUAUAUAAUUUUAGAAUAAUGAAUAUUAUAUAAAAUGAAGAAGACAUGAUGAUAUUUAUAAUCAUGAGUAAGGACGAGGUGUUUGAAAUGCGAAGGAAAUCGUUAAACUUUCAGCAGUGUUUCAAAUUGCGCCCUUUUUCCCUAUAGGCCUCGGUCAGAAGGCACUCAAUGAGGACUAAGGGGCGAUUUGGGAUACAUCCAUAAUGUCUCCUUGAUUUGAGUUUGAUUUGAGUUUGUUUGUUUAGAGUGAGAAUACAGCCACGUCACCAGAGACUGGCUCCUUGACUGUUGAUCUACAUACCUUUUUGUUUUGUGAUUUUAUUUUCCACAAAUGCACUGAUUGACACUUUUUACUACUUAAUUCUCAGAGACAAGCUAGCGGAAAUGUAGUUUUCCCAAACGGCAACUCACAGCAAGUCCUUGUACAUUCUGUUAACAGCACUGUUUUACACUUUUGUUGUCUUCAGCAUUUACGCCCUAUUCCUGUGAUUUGUUCAUAACUUGAGUCCCAAAGGGCAACUUCUUGGGAAUAAGGUAUGCUUUGGGACUUGUUCUGGUUGCUAAUCAGGCUAGUCUUGCAAAGUGCUGUACGUGACAAACAUGUAUUCCUGUCCCGCUGAAAGCUCACAGAGCAUCAGAACUCUGGUGAAAAGGACGUCCUCUUCCUUCAAUGAAAACUGUACUGGGCUCUCAAGCUUCACCUCAUCCCUCCGUUGUGGGUGAACGGUUAAGUCCGCUUGCCUUUUUCAGUUACAUAGGAAAUCAACUCACCCAGGGGGAAAGUAUAAACCAUCUUCUGUUCACUUGCAGUUGACAAUUCUGUGUCACAAAUGGCACCCUCUUCCCUACAUAGUGUACUAUCUAGUGCUACUUAGUAGUUUUGGUUGUGCACUAUGUAGAAAAUAGGGUAUCAUUUGGAAUGCAGUUUUGUUCUGUUUACUUGUAGUUGUCAACAACAGCAAUAAAGACAGGAGAACAACAGCGACAGUGGAGACAAAGAGAGAUGUCCUCCCUCUUUCUCUCUAAUGUUCUUACACAGCAAACGAAGUACGCCAUGGUACUGCCUGAGAUAUAUACGAUUAGUGGAUUGUGUGUGAGUCAUUCAACUCGUUAAAUCAGUAUUAUUUCUGCUGAUCAUAGAAAAACAGUGUAAAACAUUUCUUGUCAUAAAACAUUUGUUUGCUUUCUGUUAUGGAGACAUAGGUUACUUUGUUUUUGGCAAAGGAUGGUCACGUCAAUAAAGCAUGUUGUUUUUAGGUAAAAGAUA